GUGGGCUGUCUACAAUUUUGAUGGCCCUCGUACUUGGUCGUUCAUCACAAGUUGUGACGUCAUCGACGACGCGACGUUCAGGAGUCACGUCGCCCCUCCCCCUCCGCACUCUCACUUGAUGGCCGCCAUUUUGGGAGUCAAAAACACCCUCCACAACCACCAGCUGCGGCUAGCGCGCUAGGCUAGGCUAGGCUAGGCUAGCCGAGCUCCACGCUCUCCUGGCCCUGCUAUGGUUCACACGUGUGUGGUGGCCGGCUGUAGGAACCGCAGAACGCCUGGCACCGGACUGUCCUUCUACCGCUUCCCGCGGGACCCCGAGAGGAAGCAACUGUGGAUAGCGGCCGUUAACCGCCAGGGCUGGGCACCCAACGACGGCAGCCGGUUGUGCAGCACUCAUUUUAUCUCCGGUAAACAAGUGAAGAAUCCUCGUUCACCGGACUAUGUUCCUUCUGUGUUCACGCCCAUUUCCCCUGAGAUGAAGGAGCCCAGUCGACCCGAGGUCCCCGACAAGCAGGAAGCCCGCGUGGAAGCGGCCAAUGCAUUGCUCUUCCUGCAGCGCCAGGGCGGAUCCGGACUAGAAGAGCCUGGUCCGAUGGAUGCCAACAUCGAGGGCAGCGUGUCGUCAUUAACGGAUGACGACGACGACGACAAUGACGAUGAGUCUCUGAAUGAAGACGGGGAUGAAAUGCUCGCACAAUCUUCCGUCAACUUUGACGACGUCCUCAAAGCGCUCAGGCGGGAGAAUCGAGCCUUGCGCGACUCAGUGGAGAAGAUGUCCCUCUCUGAGAACUUCCUUAGGAACGAUGCCGAGAAGGUCAAGUUCUACACGGGGCUGCCCAACUUCUUUGUGCUGGAGACGGUCAUGCUCCUGCUGGCACCGCACAUGGACGCCAUUAGGAACGCCAAGCUGUCCAAGUUUCAACAGCUUUUGCUCACGCUCAUGCGUCUGCGCCUGGACCUGCGCAACCAGGACCUGGCCUAUCGCUUCGGCGUCAGAGUGGGCACGGUGGUCCGGACUGUGCAUCACGUGAUCAGCAUCAUGUCUUCCACCCUGGUCCCCACCGCCGUCUUCUGGCCCUCUCGAGCCGAGCUGCGGAAGAACCUCCCGGCGGCCCUGCGCUCCUCCUGCCCGGACUGCGCCGUCAUUGUGGACUGCUUCACCGUGCCCUGCGAGGGACCGGUCGCCCGGGGCAACGAGCAGGGUGCGACGGCGGCUUGCAACAUCUUGAACUAUCUGAUGGGCGUGGCCCCGCAGGGCGUGGUCACCUUCAUUUCCAGGGGCGUCCUGGGAAACUUCAGCCCUCGGAACCUGGCGGAGAGUUCGGGAUUUCUGGCUAAGCUGCUCCCGGGCGACGUGGUUUUAGCCAGCCGCGAUCUGGACAUCGGCGAUGCCGUGGCCGCUCGCGGGGCUCGCUUUGGCAUCGCCGGUUGCAUUCAAGAUGAUGAGAGUCGGAGGGUUGAGGGUUCGCUUCCUGACACUACAGGUGUGCAGGCUCACGUGGAGAGGGUGGUGUCCAUGGUUCGGCGCAGGUACACCAUGCUCACCGGCCCCGUGGAGAGGCCGUUCACCACGGCCGCAGAGCGCACCUCCAACCUUUCGACUUUUGACAAGAUUGUGCAAGUCGCUUGUGCCUUAAACAACUUGUGUAUCUCGGCCGCGCCUCUGGAGUGAGCCUGUUCAUUCCUGGAAAUUCUCCACUGAAACUUUAUUCGGCACGAUCUCAAGACCCUUUAAGUCAGUUGUGAUUAAAGUUUCAAUCUUCAGUUUUCGGAUUUCUGUGCAAGCUUUGACCAUCUCCGUUCUGCAGCUGAAAAUAUAAUAUUGAUCAAAGUAAAGUGUUUUGACAAGUGCUGGCACAUAAAAUGUAUGCUUUCUUUCAUUUGGGAAGGGGGGGGGCGUCAAUUCCCUUUAAAAACAGCCUUUGCUGCUCUAGUGCACAUUUACACUACUGUUUUCAGGUACAUGUCUCGGCUCGGGUGAUGUACUUGUACAAGUAUAAUGUAGUUUAUGAAGUCCAGUGUGCCUUUGGUGCCUGCCGGAUGCUUCAAACGUGAAAAGAUAUCAUUUUGUGGACUUGAAAGCCAGCUCUGGGUCCUAAAACUAUUACAGUAUAUUUGUGCGGCUUUCGUCCUCUAUUCAUCUACACAAAAAAAAGCAACAAGAAUGGGACAGUUUUUGAGAUGUGGUUGUAGCGCCAUCGUGUGGUGGGUUUGAAUAAUGCAGGGCACGCUUGCUUAGUUUUUGACCACUUCUGGGUGCGCAUCUCUUUUAGAACUUACCAAAUAGAUCAGAAUGUUAAAUUUCUCAUCAUUUAUUGAAUUAAUUCCUGCACUCUACAUCAACGUUUAUGUGUAUUGUUUUGUCUUCCUUUGGGCACGUUAGAUGCUAAGCAUUCUGUUCUGAUUGUCACUUCACCUUUUCGCAAUAAAUACUUUGGAUUUAACACAAAUCCACCCAUAAAAAAUCGAUGUAGCUUAACAACUACAUCGAUUUUAUUUGGACAAAUGUGAUGAAUCUGCAUGUUCAUAUGUAUAUUUGCACUGUUUCCUUGUAUGCGUCCCUUACCCUACAACUUGACUGAAAUAAUAAACGCUGUGCAGCAGUGA